ACUGCGCCUCAGCAGGCAGGAACCCAACUAACAGGCCAGCAUAUCCUGCUGGGUAACCCCGGGGCCGGAAAGCUGAGCGCCCGGAACCUUUGUACGCGCCCUUCCAGAGCCCGAGCACUUUUCAACGUUGCGCGGCGGCUGGCCGCAGCCGGUUGCCAAGGUGACGCCUGAGAAGAUGGCUGCUGCGUCUUCGUCGGAUUCCGACAGCGGCAGAGCUGAGAGUGAGGCCAGUUCGAAAUGGCUGGACGCACACUACGACCCCAUGGCCAACAUCCACACCUUUUCCUCUUGCCUAGCGCUGGCAGAUUUGCACGGGGAUGGGGAGUACAAGCUGGUGGUGGGGGACCUUGGCCCCAGUGGGCAGCAUCCCCGCCUGAAGGUGCUCAAAGGACCCACGGUUCUAACUGAAAGUCCGUUACCUGCACUGCCAGCUGCUGCAGCCACCUUCCUCAUGGAGCAGCACGAGCCCCGGACGCCAGCUCUAGCGCUCGCCUCAGGCCCUUGUGUGUAUGUAUAUAAGAAUCUUAAGCCCUACUUCAAGUUCACCCUGCCCCAGUUGCCUCCAAACCCCCUGGAACAAGAUCUUUGGAACCAGGUCAAGGAGGACCGGAUUGACCCCUUGACACUGAAGGAGAUGCUGGAAGGCAUCCGGGAGAAGGCAGAGGUGCCUUUAUCUGUACAGUCACUCAGGUUUUUACAGCUGGAGCUGAGUGAAAUGGAGGCAUUUGUGAGCCAACACAAGUCCAAGUCCAUCAAGCGGCAGACAGUCAUCACCACCAUGACCACCUUAAAGAAGAAUCUGGCUGACGAGGAUGCUGUGUCCUGCCUGGUGCUGGGCACUGAGAACAAGGAGCUCCUGGUGCUGGACCCAGAGGCCUUCACCAUUUUGGCCAAGAUGAGCCUACCCAGCGUCCCUGUCUUCCUGGAGGUUUCUGGCCAGUUUGAUGUAGAGUUCCGGCUUGCUGCUGCCUGCCGCAAUGGAAACAUCUACAUCCUGAGAAGAGACUCCAAGCGCCCCAAGUACUGCAUCGAGCUGAGUGCCCAGCCUGUGGGUCUUGUCCGGGUACACAAGGUCCUGGUGGUGGGCAGCAAUCAAGACACCCUGCAUGGCUUCACCCACAAGGGUAAGAAGCUGUGGACAGUGCAGAUGCCUGCAGCUAUCCUGACCAUGAACCUCCUGGAGCAGCGUUCUCGGAGCCUGCAGGCUGUCAUGGCUGGGCUGGCCAAUGGAGAAGUCCACAUUUACCAUGACAAGGCCCUGCUCAAUGUCAUCCGCACCCCGGAUGUGGUAACCAGCCUUUGCUUUGGCCGCUAUGGACGGGAAGAUAACACUCUCAUCAUGACUACACGAGGCGGUGGCUUGAUUAUCAAGAUCCUGAAGCGUACAGCAGUGUUUGUGGAAGCAAGAGGUGAGGCAGGCCCCCCACCAGCCCAGGCCAUGAAACUCAACGUGCCCCGAAAGACCCGGCUUUAUGUGGACCAGACACUGCGAGAGCGGGAGGCUGGCACCGCCAUGCACCGGACUUUCCAGACUGACCUCUACCUGUUGCGCCUCCGGGCUGCCCGUGCCUAUGUGCAGGCCCUCGAGUCUAGCCUGAACCCUGUGUCUGUGACGGCUCGUGAGCCCCUCAAGCUGCACGCUGUGGUAAGCUUCCAGGUUCAGGGCCUGGGCCCCACCUUUAAGCUCACACUUCAUCUGCAGAACACCUCAACAGCCCGACCCAUCCUGGGGCUACUGGUCUGCUUCCUAUACAACGAGGUGCUCUACGCCCUGCCCCGGGCCUUCUUCAAGGUCCCCUUGCUGGUGCCAGGACUCAACUACCCCCUGGAGACCUUUGUAGAGAGUCUCAGUGACAAGGGCAUCUCAGACAUUAUCAAGGUGCUGGUACUUCGUGAAGGCCAGAGCGCACCCCUGCUGAGUGCCCAUAUCAACAUGCCCGUGAGCGAGGGGCUGGAAGCCACUUGACCCCUGGACUGGUGUUGAAGCCCCUGCAGAAUCAGGACCAGGAAGAUUCAGCCCCUGAAUCUUGAACUGGGCAGUCAAUGGCCCGAGGCCUGUUCUCUGAGCAGCAGCAUGUUGGGGCUACACUUUC